CGUCGUCACUUGAACUUGACUUCUUUUCCUCAGAGGGUGGUCGUUCCGUUGCCACCAGCGUUCGCGAGGUGCUUACCUUCUUCUGCUUCCUGGCAAUCAACUAUUAGGCGUUGCCGUGAGGGUAUUGUUAUUGUGUUGUGAUGCAAUCAAUCAUCGUUCCGCCUUUUGUUUCUGGUUAGCACAUGUCUUGCUGCCCGCCUCCGCACGCAAUCGGUCUGUCGGCUGGACCUUCCUGACUUCGGCAAGUGUCAUUACUGGCGGCGCCGUGUGAGAGAUUACUGGUGUCCGUCGGUGGUGCUUGGAGUUGUCGAUCGCGGUGUUUUCGAGGUAGGAGCUUGCACUGAAGUGGUGUGCGAAAGUGAAGGUGUGUGUCGGGCUGGCUUUUGCGGAUGCCGGGCUCCAGUGGUGUGAGUGUAGAGAGAAGAAGCGUCUUGUGGGCUUCUCGCGGCCACACUAAACGGGACCUAUCUGUUCGGUCUUCGUUCAUCCAUAGCUGCUGAAGAUUAUCAAAGGAGGGCAAAGAGCAGGUUGCACAGUUCUGACCCUUCUGCAAUUUUGCUCUGCAGAGUUGAGGUUCGCUCGGGUAACGUGUUAGGUGUUAGGGACGGAGGGAUUUGCCGAGGGAUUUGACGAUUGGUAGGUAAAGGGUACAAGGCCGAGAGAAGGCAAGGGAGUGAAAGAGCGGGCAGGGGAUUCGGGAAAGGGAGGGUUAGCGCGGCAGUUGCAUGAGACAGCAGGAGGGUUGGUGAAGAACUAUGAGGGUGUUGAAAUUGCAGUGAAACAGCCCGCCUCCUGCAAGGAAGCGAGGCGGCGGCACUCCGACAUCAUCUUGGGUCUUUCCUCUCUGCGGCAUCAUCUUCUGCCAUCCUGUACGCCAUCGUCUGUCGCGCACUUUAAGCCAGCCAGGCGGUGACAUAAUACAAAGCAGCAGCCCAUCAUGAGUCGUUCAAGCAGGACGAUUUACGUCGGCAAUCUUCCAGGAGACAUCAAGGAGCGCGAAAUAGAAGAUCUGUUCUACAAGUACGGUCGCAUCAUCGACAUUGAUCUCAAGCUCCCGCCGCGGCCACCUGGAUACGCAUUCAUCGAGUUUGAGGAUGCCCGUGAUGCCGAAGAUGCCAUCAGGGGACGUGAUGGAUAUAACUUCGAUGGCAACCGACUGCGGGUGGAAUUGGCACACGGAGGACGUGCAUCUGCGUCAGUAGACCGGUACAGUAGCUACAGUGGAAGCAGUGGAAGACUUGGGGGGCUCUCUAGGCGGUCGGACUACAGAGUAAUGGUCACUGGGCUCCCUUCAUCAGCGUCGUGGCAAGACCUGAAGGAUCACAUGCGAAGAGCAGGGGAUGUUUGUUUUGCCCAAGUCUUCCGAGAUGGCAAUGGUACUGUCGGGAUCGUCGAUUACAAUAGCUAUGAGGACAUGAAACAUGCGGUGCGGAAGCUUGAUGAUUCGGAAUUCCGGAAUCCGUUUGCAAAAUCGUACAUCAGGGUCAGGGAAGACAGAGGAUCCUACUAUUCCAGCCGCAGUCGUAGUCGAAGCCCCAGUCGAGACAGAGACAGAAGCCACAGCUGCAGCAGGAGCCGGAGUCCUGUUCGUAGCCAUAGUCACAGUCGCAGUCGAAGCCGAAGCCGAAGCAGACCUGUACGCAGGAGCAGCAAACGUUAUGACUCGCGUAGUCGGUCUGGUUCCCGAUCUCGAUCGCCAUCUGCAUCGCGUUCUGCUUCCUUGUCCAGAUCCAAAUCCCCGAAGUCUCAUUCCCGAUCACCUCGACGCUCGGCGUCUCCUGCUAAAGCAAGAAGCACUAGUCGGAGCAGAAGCGCCAGCCGAGGAAGGAGUCUGAGUCGGAGCGCGAGCCGCAGUCCAUCUCGGUCCAAGUCCCGGUCCCAUUCACGACCAAAGCUGCAGUCUUUGUCACCUAAAGCAAAUGGAAGUCCGGGUCCUGCUGGUGCUCGCGUCAGCCGAAGCCCAAGCCCUGUUGAACAAACUAAUGGCAGUCCGAGCCGCUCUUUUUCGCGCUCUCGGUCAAGAUCCCGCGGGCGGUCUCCAAUGUCGAAUGGGCACGAUGAGUAGGCAGGAAUGAAUAACGAAGUACAGUUUUUGAUGCACUGGAUAUUGUUAGGUCUGAUGUGAGAAGAUGGAAACUGAUUUCAUGUGGUCCUGUCGGACUCUACGUGGCUUUAUCCCCGGGUCUGGGAGUGGAGUGAGUGCCUCCAGGUCGAGCUUUUUUUCCUCGUUUCACAUGCGGCUGGUGGCUUUACAUGAAGGUGCUUGUACCAUCAGAGAAAUGGAAUUUAUGAACACGAAUGGAAUGGUUUCACGAAAGUCAUCAUAAAAUCUAGCUUGCGGGAAUGUAGGCGGCGGGAUUAGCUGAUCAUCGGACGGGAAAUCAAUUAAAAUGGAGAAAACUGGCAGCUCGUUGGUCAGUAUAAGAAAGCCGUACCGAUGGUCAGGGUCGCAACUGGCCGACUCUGAGGUGUUUUUUCUCUUUUCUGAGAACUCAGGGAAGACCUUCUGGUUGCCUGACUGCUUUACUUGGGGGGCAUUUGUGCUAGUCCAGUGUGUUUCGGGAGUCGUCGCUGAUGUGGGAGGGAUGUGAUUUUGAUGAAUGAAAAAGGUGCUCGUGUUGUCGACAGGGCUUUGGGGGCUUGUAAAUUUUGUUCCUGGCAAAUUGUGUCAGCGGUUGUCCGAAAUUCUGUUCUGUUCUUUCGGGGAAAAGGCAAGUGGGCACACGCUUGCGAGAAGUGGUUUCCCCUAAAGUAGACCCCUUGGGAAAGGGGAAAGGCAAGUAAGCACCUGAUGGAAGGUGUGAAGAACAUUGUUAUGGGUCUCUGGUUAGAAAUGUUCUUUUCUUACUUGUGUUUGUGUUUGCAAAUCAAAUGUUUCUCUUUUCUUUCUCAUUCCAUGUUAGGUCAUAGGCGCAUGGAUCUCUGAGGUUGCAGCCAGGAUUGUGACAGUAAUGGUGACCUAGGAAUUGAUUGGCAGAGCCUGUGAGUGGGGACUUGGAUAGAUAGAAUGUUGUGGGAACAAAGUGUGUGCUGCAAGCUAUCAUAACAUAGACUUGCUCGACCGCUGGAAUGAUGUUAUACAUUUUUUUUCCGAUGAAAGCUGGGAGCGUGUGUACUAAUGGUGGAAACAUGAGCUUACAACGGUUGUGGAGUGUGCCAUCAUUGUCCUUGUGUAUCUCGCGAGUGUUGACAGGACAAUUGUCCAACUGCGAAGUUGAGGCCCAGGGUCAUCUAUAAGAUAUUUGAAGGUCAGCGGUUGCCUGCCCCAGCGGCGGCACAAUUGCGCAUGCACUCUGCAAUAUAGACCACACUGUGUAACUGUCUGUAGUGCCACCUGUGCUGAAGAUGUGUUGUUCGGCUGAACGUGGAAGUUGUGGUACUGUACUCGGUGGCUCUGGUGCUUGAGAGCAGCAUGAAAUGAAGUGAGUCUUGUGAGUGAUGCGCUAAUUGUGAGUCUUGUGAGUGAUGCGCUAAUUGUGAUCAAAUACCGUUCUAGUAUUUGUGCAGUAAAUCGACCAAGAACAGCAUGGAAAUUUCUGGGAAGGGAAAUCGGUCAUCAGAAGAGUGCAAGGAAUCAGUCAUUUGUUGAGAGUCGUAUUUUAGGGGACACGGAGAAUGAACGGGCUCGAUCCAACCCGUUCAAUCGAAAUAUCGUUCGUGAUUUGAUUUGAAAAACAUUUCUUGAUAUAAGAGUAAAUGAUGCUUUCAGCU